AUGUCAAAGAACUGGUACAGGGCUGCGGAUCCAGGCGGACAGGACAGCGCGGAUGAUCCGCUCUCGCCCGUCCCACUGAUUUAUCUCCUCGCAGGAGAGGAGGAGGAGGAGGAGGUGUUUACACCAAGAAUGAACCCGUGCAAAAUUAAAACUGCCAGCGGGGGGAAAAGGAGUUUUUUCGGGUUUCCACAGGCGUUUUGGGAUGGAGGACGGAGGGGGAUUGGGCCGGGCUCGUCGGACCGACGGCUCCCGGGGACGCUGGCGCCGGCCGGCACCUGGGUGGGCACCAUCGCCACCCGGCCCGGCUUCACCUACCGCCUGAGCGAGCACCACGAGCUGUUCGCCAUCAACGCCACCUCGGGCGCGCUGCACACCCGCGCCACCAUCGACCGCGAGAGCCUGGCCAGCGACGUGGUGGACCUGGUGGUGCUGUCCAGCCAGCCCACCUACCCCAGCGAGGUGCGCGUCCUGGUGCUCGACCUCAACGACAACGCGCCCGUCUUCCCCGACCCCUCCAUCGUGGUGACUUUCAAGGAGGACACGGGCAGCGGGCGCCAGCUCAUCCUGGACACCGCCACGGACGCCGACAGCGGCACCAACGGCGUGGACCACGGCUCCUACCGGAUUGUGGCCGGCAACGAGGAGGGCCGGUUCCGCCUCAACAUCACUCUCAACCCCAGCGGGGAGGGAGCGUUCCUGCACCUGGUUUCCCGCGGCGGGCUGGACCGGGAGGCCACCCCCACCUACCAGCUGCUGGUGCAGGUGGAGGACAAGGGCGAGCCCCGCCGGCGAGGGUACCUCCAGGUGAACGUCACCGUGCAGGAUAUCAACGACAACCCGCCCGUCUUCAGCCAGGCGCUGUACCAGGCUCGGGUGCCCGAGGACGCGCCCGUCGGGGCCAGCGUUCUGCAGGUGGCCGCGGCCGAUGCCGACGAGGGCACCAACGCCGACAUCCGCUACCGCCUGGAGGGAGGCGACGGCAGCGGCGCCGGGGACGGGGCUGGCAGCCUGCCCUUCGAGGUGGACCCCGAGAGCGGCGUGAUCCGCAUCCGGGAGCGCCUGGACUACGAGGCGCGGCAGCAGUACUCGCUGACGGUGCAGGCCACGGACCGCGGCGUGCCGGCGCUGAGCGGCCGCGCCGAGGCCCUCAUCCGCCUGCUCGACGUCAACGACAACGAGCCCCGCGUCAAGUUCCGCUACUUCCCCGCCACCUCCCGCUUCGCCUCCGUGGAUGAGAACGCGGCCCCCGGCACGGUGGUGGCCCUGCUGACGGUGAGCGAUGCCGACUCUCCCGCGGCCAACGGGAACAUCUCCGUGUCCAUCCUGGCGGGGAACGAGCAGCGGCACUUCGAGGUGCACAGCAGCAAGGUGCCCAACCUCAGCCUCAUCAAGGUGGCGGCCGCGCUGGACCGGGAGCGCAUCCCGGCUUACAACCUCACCGUGGCGGUGGCGGAUAACUACGGGGCGCCGCCGCCGCCGCCUCCGGGCUCUCCGCCUUCCGUCUUCUCCCCCGACGGAGCGGUGGCGGCUCCCGUCAGCCGCUCCUCGGUGGCCAGCCUGGUGAUCUUCGUGAACGACAUCAACGACCACCCGCCCGUGUUCGGGCAGGCGGUGUACAGGGUGAACAUCAGCGAGGACGUGCCCCUGGGCAGCUACGUGCGGGGCCUGAGCGCCACGGACCGGGACUCGGGCCUCAACGCCAACCUCAAGUACAGCAUCGUCUCGGGCAACGAGCUGGGCUGGUUCCGCAUCAGCGAGCACAGCGGGCUGGUCACCACGGCUGUCCCCGAGGCCGGGCACGCCGCAGGCUCCCCCAGCUCCAGCGGGCUGGACCGGGAGACUGCUUCUCAGGUGGUGCUCAACAUCAGCGCCCGCGACCAGGGCGUGCAGCCCAAGUUCUCCUACGCGCAGCUGGUGGUGACCGUCCUGGAUGUCAACGACAACAAGCCUCGCUUCGGUCAGCCCCAGGGUUACCGCGUGUCCCUGGCGGAAAACUCGCCAUCAGGGACUGAGCUGCUUGUCCUGAGUGCCACUGAUGGCGACCUGGGGGACAACGGCACUGUCCGCUUCUCCCUGCAGGAGGCCGAGCCGGCGCUGGCAGCAGCUGGCCCCUCCUCCGUCGCCCCUCGCCUCGCGUUUCGCCUGGACCCGGUUUCGGGCAGGCUCAGCACCGUCUCGCAGCUGGACCGGGAGGAGCAGUCUCACUUCUCCUUGCAGGUCCUGGCCACUGAUUUGGGCUCUCCUCCCCUCUCCUCGAUAGCCCGAGUUAACGUGACCCUCCUGGAUGUGAAUGACAAUAGCCCUGUGUUUUACCCUGUCCAGUACUUUGCCCAUAUCCAAGAGAAUGAGCCAGCCGGGACCUAUGUGACCACCGUGUCUGCCACGGACCCCGAUCUGGGACCCAAUGGCACAGUCAAGUACAGCAUCUCAGCUGGAGAUACCUCCAGGUUCCAGGUCCAUGGGCAGACAGGGGUCAUCACUACAAAAAUAGCCCUUGACAGGGAGGAGAAAACUGCUUACCAGUUGCAGAUCGUGGCCACUGACGGUGGCCAUCUUCAGUCGCAGAACCAAGCCAUUGUCACCAUCACUGUCCUGGACACACAGGACAACCCCCCUGUUUUCAGCCAGGGCACGUACAGUUUUGUUGUCUUUGAAAACGUUGCCCUGGGUUACCACGUGGGCACUGUUUUUGCUUCCACCAUGGACCUCAACACCAACAUCAGUUACCUCAUCACCACAGGUGACCAGAGGGGCGUGUUUGCCAUCAACAGGGCGACAGGGCAGAUCACCACAGCCAGCAUUAUUGACAGGGAGGAGCAAGCAUUUUACCAGCUGAAGGUGGUUGCUAGGGGUGGGGCGAUAACUGGCGAUGCUGUGGUCAAUAUAACCGUCAAGGAUUUAAAUGACAACUCCCCACACUUCGUUCAGGUGGUGGAAAGCGUAAAUGUUGUUGAGAACUGGAAAGCUGGGCAUACCAUAUUCCAGGCCAAAGCUCUUGAUCCUGAUGAAGGUGUUAAUGGCAUGGUCCUUUACAGCCUUAAGCAAAACCCAAAGGGCUUGUUCUCAAUCAAUGAACAAACCGGUGCUAUAAGCCUAACGGGGCCUCUUGACAUAAACGCUGGGUCUUACCAGGUUGAAAUCCUGGCCUCGGAUAUGGGGGUGCCUCAGCUGUCCUCCAACUUUAUCCUGACUGUCUCUGUCCAUGAUGUGAAUGAUAACCCUCCUGUGUUUGACCAGCUUUCCUAUGAAGUUACUAUUUUGGAGUCAGAGCCCGUGAAUUCCAGGUUCUUUAAGGUACAGGCUUCUGACAAAGACUCGGGAGUGAACGGCGAAAUAGCUUACAGUAUAAUUGAAGGAAAUGCUGGGGAUGCCUUUGGCAUAUUCCCAGAUGGUCAGCUGUAUAUAAAAAGUGAACUGGACCGUGAACUUCAGGAAAGAUAUGUUUUACUGGUUGUUGCCUCUGACAGAGCAGUGGAACCACUCAAUGCUACUGUGAACGUUACUGUGAUUCUGGAGGAUGUAAAUGACAACAGGCCCCUGUUCAACAGUACCAACUACGUGUUUUAUUUUGAAGAAGAACAGAGAGGGGGGUCCUACGUGGGUAAAAUAAAUGCUGUAGAUAAAGACUUUGGGCCGAAUGGUGAGGUCAGGUAUUCAUUUGAGCAUAUGCAGCCAGAUUUUGAGCUGAACACAGUAACUGGGGAAAUCAGAAGCACUCACCAGUUUGACAGAGAAGCUCUCAUGAGACAGAGGGGAGCUGCAGUAUUUAGUCUUACGGUAAUAGCAACAGAUCAGGGGUUGCCAAAGCCUCUGAAGGAUCAGGCCACUGUACAGAUCUACAUGAAGGACAUCAAUGAUAACGCCCCCAAAUUUUUGAAAGAUCUUUACCAAGCUACUAUAUCAGAAUUGGCAGCAAAUCUGACACAGGUGCUGAGGGUUUCUGCCUCAGAUGUUGAUGAAGGGGUUAAUGGGUUGAUUCACUACUCUGUAAUCAAGGGAAAUGAGGAAAAUCAGUUUGCAAUAGACAGCAGCACAGGCCAAGUGACCUUGGUGGGCAGACUGGAUCAUGAGGCUACUGCAUCGUAUUCCCUUGUCAUCCGAGCAGUAGACUCUGGAGCCGUGUCCCUAAGCUCAACUUGCAUGUUGAGCAUUGAUGUAUUGGACGAAAAUGACAACAGCCCUUCCUUCCCUAAAUCGACCUUGUUAGUGGAUGUCUUGGAAAAUAUGCGGGUCGGCGAGCUUGUGUCAUCGGUCACUGCCACCGAUUCUGAUUCGGGUGACAACGCUGACCUCCACUAUAGCAUUACGGGCACAAACAAUCACGGGACCUUCAGCAUCAGUCCCAACACCGGGAGCAUUUUUCUCGCCAAGAAACUGGACUUUGAGACGCAGUCUCUGUAUAAGCUCAACAUAACGGCGAAGGACCAAGGCAGGCCCCCGCGCUCCUCCACCAUGUCGGUGGUCAUUCACGUGAGGGAUUUCAAUGAUAACCCCCCUCACUUCCCUCCGGGAGACAUCUUUAAAUCCAUCGUUGAGAACGUUCCCGUGGGCACCUCGGUCAUUUCCGUGACCGCUCACGAUCCGGACGCGGAUAUUAACGGGCAGCUGGCGUACGCCAUCAUCCAGCAGACGCCGCGGGGCAAUCACUUCCGCAUCGACGAGGCCAGGGGGACCAUAUUUACCAACGCCGAGAUCGACCGCGAGUUCGCCAAUCUCUUUGAGUUGACGGUCAAGGCCACGGACCAGGCCGUUCCCGUGGAGUCCCGGCGGUUUGCCCUCAAGAACGUGACCGUGCUGGUGACGGAUCAGAACGACAACGUGCCCGUGUUCGUGUCGCAGAACGCGCUGGCGGCCGACCCCUCGGUGGUGAUCGGCUCCAUCCUCACCACCAUCGUGGCGGCGGAUCCCGACGAGGGUGCCAACGGGGAGGUGGAGUACGAGAUCGUCAACGGAGACACCGAAACCUUCAUCGUGGAUCGCUACAGCGGCGACUUGCGAGUAGCCUCGGCCUUGGUGCCUUCCCAGCUCAUCUACAACCUCAUCGUUUCCGCCACCGACCUGGGCGCCGAGAGGAGGCGAUCCACCACCGAGAUGACGAUAAUUCUGCAGGGGGCGGACGGGCCCGUGUUCUCGCAGCCCAAGUACAUCACCGUGCUGAAGGAGGGCGAGCCCAUCGGCACCAACGUGAUCUCUCUGGAGGCGGCCAGCCCGCGGGGCGCGGCGGCGCAGGUGGAGUACUACAUCGUGGCGGUGCGCUGCGAGCGGCGCAGCCUGGGCCGCCUCUUCACCAUCGGCCGCCGCUCCGGCGUGCUGCAGACCGCCGCCGUCCUGGACAGGGAGCAGGGCGCGCGCCUCUACCUGGUGGAUGUCUACGCCAUCGAGAAGUCGGCCCUUCUGCCCCGCACGCAGCGAGCAGAGGUAAAGGCUUACUCCGGCUUGGCUGGCUUUUUGCUCCGCUGGUGGGCCAGGGUUGUGUGUAGUGUGUCCAGUCGUGGAAGUUCUUGCGGUGGAGUACACAUCGUGGCGGUGCGCUGCGAGCGGCGCAGCCUGGGCCGCCUCUUCACCAUCGGCCGCCGCUCCGGCGUGCUGCAGACCGCCGCCGUCCUGGACAGGGAGCAGGGCGCGCGCCUCUACCUGGUGGAUGUCUACGCCAUCGAGAAGUCGGCCCUUCUGCCCCGCACGCAGCGAGCAGAGGUAGAAAUAACACUUCAGGAUAUCAAUGACAACCCACCAGUAUUCCCCACAGACAUGCUCGACCUGACUGUGGAGGAGAACAUAGGAGAUGGAUCUAAAAUACUGCAGCUGACAGCCAUGGAUGCUGAUGAGGGAGCCAAUGCCCUGGUGACAUACACCAUUAUCAGCGGGGCAGAUGACAGCUUCCACGUGGACCCCGAGUCGGGGGAGCUGAUAGCCACGCGGCGCCUGGACCGCGAGCGCCGCUCCAAGUACUCGCUGCUGGUGCGCGCCGACGACGGCCUGCAGUCCUCGGACGUGCGCAUCAACAUCACCGUCAGCGACGUCAACGACCACAUCCCCCGCUUCUCCAAGCCCGUCUACUCCUUCGACAUCCCAGAGGAUGCCGCUCCAGGUUCCUUGGUGGCAGCCAUCCUCGCCACCGACGACGACUCGGGCGCCAACGGGGAGAUCACCUACACCAUCAGCGAGGAUGACGAGGAGGGCACCUUCUUCCUGAACCCCGUCACCGGCGUCUUCAACCUGACGCGGGCGCUGGACUACGAGGCUCAGCAGUAUUACAUCCUGGCGGUGCGCGCCCAGGACGGGGGCGGCCAGGCCGCGGCCAGCAGGGUCUACUUCAACAUCCUGGACGUCAACGACAACCCGCCCGUCUUCGGCGCGGCCGCCUACAGCGCGUCCCUGCUGGAGAACCUGCCGCCGGGAUCCGCCGUGCUCAACCUCAGCGUCACCGACGCCGACCGCGGCCCCAACUCGCAGCUGUCCUUCAGCAUCGCGUCGGGGGACGGCGCGGGGCAGUUCUCCAUUGACAGCCGCGGCGUGCUGAGCACCCGGCAGCCCCUGGACCGCGAGAGCCAGUCCUUCUACAGCCUGGUGGUGCAGGCCCACGACAUGGCCGCCCCGCCGGCCGCCCGCUUCACCAGCACGGCCCAGGUCUCCAUCAUCCUGCUGGACGUCAACGACAGCCCGCCCCGCUUCACCUCGCCGCGGUUGACCUACGUGCCCGAGAGCACGGCCGUGGGCACGGUGGUGUUCAGGGCGCAGGCCGCCGACGCCGACAGCGGGCCCAACAGCUACAUCGAGUACAGCCUGCUGCGCCCGCCCGCCAACACCUUCCGCAUCGGCACCGUCGACGGCCAGCUGCGCCUCACCGGGCAGCUCGACAGAGAGGCCGUGGCCAACUACACCCUGACCGUGGUAGCCACGGACAAGGGCCAGCCGCCCCUGUCUUCCUCCACGGACGUGGUGGUCGUGGUCCUGGACAUCAACGACAACAACCCGCUCUUCGCCCAGAAGCUUUACAAAGUGGAGGUGGCGGAAAACACCUUGACGGGGACGGAUUUAGUGCAGGUGCUGGCCACCGACGGAGACGAAGGGACGAACGGGCAGGUGCGCUACGCCAUCGUGGGCGGGGACGCCGGCAGCGAGUUUCGGAUCGACUCUGUGACGGGGGUGAUAACUGUGGCCAAGCCUUUGGACAGGGAGAAGACGCCCUCCUACACGCUGACGGUGCAGUCGUCUGACCGCGGGAGCAGCCCCAGGACCGACACCACCACCGUCAGCAUCGUGCUGAGGGACGUCAACGACUUCAUUCCCACCUUUGAGCUUUCCCCCUACUCUGUGAACGUCCCCGAGAACCUGGAGACGCUCCCGAAAGUUAUCCUUCAGGUUGUGGCAAGGGACGAUGACCAAGGGCUGAACAGCAGGCUGACCUACGUGCUGGUGGCUGGCAACGAGGAGGGAGCCUUCACCCUGUCGGACAGCGGGGAGCUGCGCCUGGUGCGGAGCCUGGACCGGGAGGCCAAGGAGCAGUACCUGCUGCUGGUCACAGCUGCUGAUGCAGGAUCUCCUGCCCUCACUGGCACUGGAACCAUCGCUGUCACAGUGGAUGAUGUCAAUGACAACGUCCCCACGUUUGCCUUUGACAUGUAUUUGGCCACUGUUCCGGAGGAUGCUCCCACGGGGACGGAUAUUUUGCUCGUGAGCUCCUCGGAUGCUGAUGCUUCCACAAAUGCUGUUAUUAGCUACAGGCUGAUGGGCGGCAAUUCGCAGUUCACCAUCAACCCUUCCACGGGGCAGAUCAUCACCAGCGCCCUGCUGGACCGCGAGGCCAGGCAGAACUACACCCUGGUGGUGGUGGCCAGCGACGGGGGCUCCCCCAGGGCCCUCUCCAGCUCCACCAGCGUGCUCGUGGCCGUGGCCGACGUCAACGACAACCCGCCCAAAUUCCAGCACCACCCCUACGUCACCCACGUCCCGUCGCCCGCCGCGGCAGGCUCGUUCGUGUUCGCUGUCACCGUCACCGACGCAGAUGCCGGCUCCAACGCUGAGCUCCAUUAUUCCCUCGUGGGGAAGAACUCUGAGAAAUUCCACAUUGAUCCAGCAAGGGGGGCAAUCCUGGCUGCAAAACCACUGGCGGGAGAGUCCGAAGUCACCAUUUCUGUUCACGUGAGGGACGGCGGCCGGUACCCCAAGACGGACUCUACCACUGUCACCGUGAGGUUUGUGGACAAAGCCAAAUUUCCUCGUGUUCAGGCGGAGCAGGAGACCUUCACGUUCCCUGAAAACCAAGCAGUCGGGACUCUUGUCACCACCGUCUCUGGAUCUUCAGCCAGAGGAGGCUCCUUGUCCUAUUACAUCGCCAGCGGUAACCUGGGCAGCACCUUCCUGGUGGACCAGGUGACAGGACAGCUUUCUGUAGGGCGGGCUUUGGAUUUCGAAGCCGUACAGAAAUACGUGGUGUGGGUUGAGGCCAGAGACACAGGCUUCCCCCCCUUCUCCUCAUACAAGAAAUUGGAAGUAUCAGUGCUUGAUGUCAACGAUAACGUGCCAGAGUUUGAGCAAGAUCCCUUCAUUGCAGAAAUAGCAGAAAACCUGUCCCCACGGAAAAUACUGACAGUGGCUGCUGUCGACAGAGACAGUGGUCUAAAUGGACAGCUACAUUAUGAAAUAAUUGAGGGCAAUACUGAAAACAGUUUCAGUAUCAAUCGAGCCACUGGUGAGAUCAGAAGCGUCAGGCCCUUGGACAGGGAGAAGCUGUCUCAGUACACACUAACCAUAAAAGCUUCGGACAAAGGCACUCCGCUCCAGAGCACGACUGUCAAAGUUAUCAUCAAUAUCUUAGAUGAAAACGACAACGCUCCGAGGUUUUCACAGAUAUUCAGUGCUUCUGUGCCUGAAAAUGCACCUCUGGGUUUUACAGUAACGCGAGUCACCACAUCAGAUGAGGACAUUGGGGUGAACGCGGUCAGCAGGUACUCCAUAAGGGAUACGAGUCUCCCGUUUGCCAUAAACCCCAGCACCGGGGACAUCACAAUCAGCAGACCCCUGAACAGGGAGGACACCGACCGCUACAGGAUCCGGGUCUCUGCGCAUGACUCGGGGUGGACCGUGAGCACAGACGUCACCAUAUUUGUCACAGACGUCAAUGACAAUGCCCCACGAUUUACAAAACCAUCCUAUUACCUGGAGUGUCCCGAGCUUCCCGGGAUUGGGCUAAAGGUCACCCAGGUUUCAGCCACCGAUCCAGAUGAAGGGUUCAACGGUCAAGUCUUCUACUUCAUAAAAUCCCAGUCCGAGUUCUUCCGCAUUAACGCAACCACGGGAGAGAUUUUCAACAAGCAGUACUUAAGGUACCAAAACUCCAGUGGCUCCAGCAAUGUCAACAUCAACAGGCACAGCUUCAUCGUGACAUCAUCAGACCGGGGCAGUCCCCCGCUAGUGAGUGAGACCACCGUCACCAUAAACGUCGUAGACAGCAAUGACAACGCACCGCUCUUCCUCGCUCCUAAGUAUUUCACUCCUGUUACUAAGAACGUCAGGGUUGGCACAAAUCUAAUUAAAGUUACUGCGGUGGAUGACAAGGACUUUGGCUUGAAUUCUGAAGUGGAGUACUUCAUCUCCGAUGACAGCAAAACUAAUAAAUUCAGGCUGGACAGGAGUACAGGCUGGAUUUCAGUGUCAUCUUCACUAAUGGCUGAUUUGAACAAAAACUUCCUGUUUAAAGUGAAAGCCAAGGACAAGGGUAAUCCCCCACUCUCAUCUGAGGUAGCUGUUGAAAUCGUAGUGACAGAAGAAAAUUACCAUACACCAGAGUUUUCCCAGAGCCGCAUGAGUGUUACUGUCCCAGAGAGUUAUUCUGUUGGAACAGUGGUCAGGACGGUUUCAGCACGAGACAGAGAUGCUGCUAUGAACGGCCUGAUCAGAUACAACAUUUCCUCUGGAAAUGAAGCUGGAAUCUUUGCUAUUAAUACAACCACUGGUACACUGACACUGGCCAAACCACUUGAUUUUGAGUUACAGCAGAAGCACGAGCUGGUUGUUACUGCCACGGAUGGAGGAUGGGUGUCCCGCACAGGCUACUGCAGUGUCACUGUUAAUGUCAUUGAUGUCAAUGAUAACUCCCCAGCAUUCAGCCCUGAGGAGUACUUUCCCACCGUGUUAGAAAAUGCCCCCAGUGGGACCACUGUUAUUUGUUUAAAUGCCACUGAUGCUGACUCUGGGUCUAACGCUGUGAUUGCGUAUGCCAUCCAGUCCUCAGACAGCGACCUCUUUGUCAUUGACCCCAACACAGGAACCAUCACAACCCAGGGAUUUUUAGAUUAUGAAACAAAGCAGAGUUACCAUUUAACAGUGAAGGCUUUUAAUGUUCCAGAUGAAGAGAGGUGCAGCUUUGCUACUGUCAACAUCCACUUACAAGGGACAAAUGAAUAUGUGCCCCGUUUUGUGUCCAAGCUUUAUUAUUUUGAGGUUUCGGAGGCAGCCUCCAAAGGUACUGUCGUAGGUGAAGUUUUUGCAAGUGAUCGUGACAUGGGAAUUGAUGGAGAAGUCCACUACCUCAUCUUUGGCAACAGCAGAAAGAAGGGCUUCCAGAUAGAUGAGAAAAGUGGCCAGAUCUAUGUUUCAGGACCUCUUGACAGAGAAAAAGAAGAACGAAUUUCUUUGAAAGUCCUUGCAAAAAAUCUGGGGAGCAUUCGUGGUGCAGACAUAGAUGAAGUAACUGUUAAUAUCACAAUCCUGGAUGCCAACGAUCCUCCUGUUUUUACCUUGGGAACCUACAAUAUACGGAUCAGCGAGGGUGUUCCGCCAGGCACCCACGUCACGUUCGUCAGUGCCUUUGAUUCUGAUUCUGUCCCCAGCUGGAGCAGGUUUUCCUAUUUCAUCGGGUCUGGCAACGAGAACAACGCCUUUUCCAUCAACCCACAGACGGGGCAGGUGACGGUCACGGCAGAGCUGGACCGGGAAACGCUGCCUGUCUACAACCUGUCUGUGCUGGCCAUCGAUUCGGGAACGCCCUCUGCCACAGGAAGUGCCUCUCUGCUGGUGACCUUGGAGGACAUCAACGACAACGGCCCUACCUUGUCCACCAGGCAGGGAGAGGUCCUGGAGAACAGCCGCGCAGGAACUCUGGUGAUGACCCUUCAGUCGGCGGAUCCCGAUCUCCCUCCCAACCAAGGCCCUUUCACGUAUUACUUGCUCAGCACUGGCCCUGCCACCAGCUACUUCAGCCUCAGCACCGCUGGAGUCCUGACGACGACCAGGGAGAUCGACAGGGAGCAAAUCAGCGAUUUCUACCUCUCAGUGAUUACGAGGGACUCUGGUGUCCCUCAGAUGUCUUCCACAGGAACUGUGCAGAUCAAGGUAAUAGACCAAAACGACAACCCGUCUCAGCCCAGAACGGUGGAAAUCUUUGUCCAUUAUUAUGGCAACCUCUUCCCAGGUGGAAUUUUGGGCAACGUAAAGCCUCAGGAUCCGGACGUGCUGGACAGCUUCCAGUGCUCCCUCACCUCGGGAGUCACCAGCCUGUUCAGCAUUCCCGCGGGCACCUGCGAGCUGCACUCGCAGGCGAGGUCCACGGACGGCACCUUCGACCUGGCGGUGCUCAGCGACGACGGGCUGCACGGCGCCGUCACCAGCAGCGUCCGCGUUUUCUUCGCGGGCUUCAGCAACGCCACCAUCGACAGCAGCGUGCUGCUGCGCCUGAGCGCCCACGGCGUGCGGGACUUCCUGAGCAACCACUACCUGCCCUUCCUGCGCGUCGCCAGCUCCCAGCUGGCGGGGCUGGGCACGGCCGUGCAGCUCUACGGGCUGCACCAGGACGGCAACCACACCUUCCUGCUGGCGGCCAUCAAGCGCGCCAACAGCCAGUACGUGAGCCCCAGCGGCGUGGCCACCUUCUUCGAGAGCAUCAGGGACGUGCUGUUCCGCCAGAGCGGGGUGCGCGUCGAGGCCGUGGACCACGACUGGUGCCUGCAGAGCCCGUGCCAGAACGGGGCCAGCUGCCUGAGGAGGCUGGCGGUGGGCCCGGCGCUGCGGACGCACGAGAGCGUGCCCGUCAUCGCGGUGGCCAACGAGCCGCUGCGGCCCUUCGUGUGCCGCUGCCUGCCGGGCUACGAGGGCAGCCUGUGCGAGAGCGACAUCGACGAGUGCCUGCCGGCGCCCUGCCACAACCACGGCACCUGCCACAACCUGCUGGGGGGCUUCUCCUGCAGCUGCCCCGAGGGCUUCACCGGCAUGGCCUGCGAGAGGGACGUCAACGAGUGCCUGUCCAACCCCUGCAAGAACGGAGCUGCCUGCCAGAACUUCCCGGGGAGCUUCAACUGCGUCUGUAAAACCGGCUACACAGGGAAAACGUGUGACUCCACUGUCAACUACUGUGAGUGCAACCCCUGUUUCAAUGGUGGGUCCUGCCAGAGUGGGCUGGAGGGGUAUUUCUGCCACUGUCCCUUCGGUGUUUUUGGGAAUCACUGCGAGCUCAACAGUUACGGGUUUGAAGAGCUGUCCUACAUGGAGUUCCCCAGCAUGGAUCCCAACAACAAUUACAUCUACAUCAAGUUUGCCACCAUAAAGAGCCACGCCCUGCUGCUGUACAACUACGACAACCAGACCGGGGAGCGGGCGGAAUUCCUGGCCCUGGAAAUCGUGGAGGGCAGGCUGAGGUUCUCCUACAACCUGGGCAGUGGCACCUACAAGCUGACCACAGCCAAGAAGGUGUCUGAUGGGCAGUUCCACACCGUCAUCGCCCGCCGCGCUGGAAUGGCAGCAUCCCUGACAGUAGAUUCCUGCUCUGAGGACCAGGAGCCAGGCUACUGCACUGUUAGCAACGUUGCUGUUUCGACUGACUGGACCCUGGAUGUACAACCAAAUCGAGUUACUGUUGGUGGCAUCAGGUCCAUAGAGCCCAUCCUUCAGAGGAGAGGACAGGUGGAAAGCCAUGAUUUUGUGGGCUGCAUCAUGGAGUUUGCAGUCAAUGGACGACCCCUGGAGCCCAGCCAGGCUUUGGCAGCCCAAGGAAUCUUAGAUCAGUGUCCCAGACUGGAAGGUGCUUGCACGACCAGCCCCUGCCAGCAUGGUGGCACUUGUGUCGAUCAGUGGUCGUGGCAGCAGUGUGUCUGCAAGGAUGGACUGACGGGAAAGCACUGUGAAAAAUAUGUCACUGCUGACACGGCCUUGUCACUGGAAGGCAAGGGCAGGCUGGACUACCACGUCAGCCCCAACAAGAAGCGGGACUACCUGCUGCGGCUGGGGGCGCGGGGCGCGGAGCGCCUGGAGGUGAAGUUCAUGACCAGGAGCGAGAACGGCGUGCUGCUGCACGUGCAGGAAAGCAGCAACUUCACCACCCUGCAGAUUAAAGGCGGGAAGGUGCACUACAUUUCUGAUGCUGGAGUUGCUGGGAAGGUGGAAAGGAACAUCCCUGAGGUGUAUGCUGCAGAUGGCCAGUGGCACUCGGUCCUCCUGGAGAAGAACGGCUCUGCCACCGUCCUGUCGGUGGACAGGGCUCACAGCCGGGACAUUCUCCAUGCCACGCAGGACUUCGGGGGGCUGAACGUCCUCACCAUUUCUCUGGGAGGAAUUCCAUCCAGCCAACCUUUCAAGAGCACAGUUGCAGGCUUCAACGGGUGCAUCUCCUACCUCAAGUACGGCGGGGAGAGCCUUCCCUUCUCGGGCCGGCACAGCCUGGCGGCGCUGUCGCGGACGGUGGGCGGCUGCGCCACCGCGCUGGCGCUGCUGGUGCUCGGCCUCGUCCUCUGCAACCAGUGCCGCGGCAGGAAGGCCAAGGGGCCCAAGGAGGAGAAGAAAACCAAGCAGAAGAAGAAAAAAGGCAGCGAGAACGUGGCGUUCGACGACCCCGACAACAUCCCGCCCUACGGUGACGACAUGACCGUGAGGAAGCAGCCCGAAGGGAACCCCAAACCCGACAUCAUCGAGAGGGAGAACCCUUACCUGAUCUACGACGAGACGGACAUCCCGCACAACACGGAGACCAUCCCCAGCGCCCCGCUGGCGUCGCCCGAGCCCGAGAUCGAGCACUACGACAUCGACAACGCCAGCAGCAUCGCCCCCUCGGACGCCGACAUCAUCCAGCACUACAAGCAGUUCCGCAGCCACGCUCCCAAGUUCUCCAUCCAGAGGCACAGCCCGCUGGGCUUCGCGCGGCAGUCCCCCAUGCCGCUGGGGGCCAGCAGCCUGAGCUACCAGCCCGCCUACGGGCAGGGCCUGAGGACGAGCUCCCUGAGCCACUCGGCCUGCCCCGCUCCCAACCCGCUGUCUCGGCACAGCCCCGCGCCCUUCUCCAAGUCCUCGACGUUCUACAGGCACAGCCCGGCCCGGGAGCUGCACCUGGCCAUCCGGGAGGGCAGCCCGCUGGAGAUGCACGGCGACGUGUGCCAGCCCGGCAUCUUCAGCUACGCCACGCGGCUGGGCCGGAGGAGCAAGAGCCCGCAGACCAUGGCGGGCCACGGCUCCCGGCCGGGCAGCCGCCUGAAGCAGCCCAUCGGGCAGAUCCCGCUGGAGACGUCUCCCCCGGUGGGGCUGUCCAUCGAAGAGGUGGAGAGACUGAACACCCCCCGGCCCAGGAACCCCAGCAUCUGCAGCGCGGACCACGGGCGCUCCUCGUCGGAGGAGGACUGCAGGCGGCCCCUGUCGCGCACCAGGAACCCGGCCGACGGCAUCCCCGCGCCCGAGUCCUCCUCCGACAGCGACUCGCACGAGUCCUUCACCUGCUCCGAGAUGGAGUACGACCGCGACAAGCCCGCCGCCUACACCUCCAGGAUGCCCAAGCUGUCGCAGGUGAACGAGUCGGACGCGGACGACGAGGACAACUACGGCGGCAGGCUGAGGGCGCGGCGGUGCCCGGGGCGGCGCGGCGAGGGCGGGCCCGCGGCGCAGGCCCCCCCCCCCCCCCCCCCCGAGGGCUGCCUGCCCGCCAGGCUGGGCCAGCCGGCCGCCGCCUUCGACUGGGACAGCCUCUUGAACUGGGGCCCGGGCUUCGGGCACUACGUGGACGUUUUCAAGGAUUUGGCAUCGCUUCCCGAGAAAACAGCAGCAGCAGCAGCAGCGAGUGAGGACAGCAAAGGUGGUGCAGCAAAGCCCGUUCCCAAGGAGGGGGAGGCAGAACAGUAUGUAUAGGCUUUGUCCCCUGGUGUUGCCACAGGGACUGCUCAAACCAUUAUAUGGUUGUACAAAAGCCAAGGUCAGCGUCUGAUCCCCAGGCCAGUCUGGUUGGAGGAGACUUUAAAAAUAAUAACCAUUAUGCUGCUGAAAGAGACUUAAGACAUUUUUAAUUUAAUUACGCUUGGACGAAUUUAUUUCUCCUGCAUGCAUUGUAUUUGCAAACCAGAUAUUCGGCAUGCAGCCUUUGGAAAGGGUUUUCCUAUUUACCAUUGUUUGGUUCGUGAUUCUUAAAUUAAUAAUGCUUUGUUCUGAAAAUGAACUAAUUUUUUGUUUCAAUUGUGAAGGAUGUGCAUAUUGUCUCCAGCUACUAACAUGUUUUACGAUGCAAGAGUACUGAGAUUCCAUUUUCCUUAAGAAGUGCAUGGGAGUAAGAUGGUGAAUGAAGGAAUUCCAGUAGUGGGGUGUCUCAGAAAAUGUAGUUACCAUAUCCUGCAGUUGCUCACUUGUGACUUUAUGGAUGAAAUCAGCUUGAAUAAUUGCUGGCAACAGUGCUUGCUGUAAGUCUUAUUCCAUACAAGAGGUGCUAGAAGCAGCUCAAGCCAGUCAGCACUUUAGGAGUUUUUUUUUCCUUUCUUUUCAGUUUGUUUAUUUGUUCAUUUCGGGUUUCUUAAUCUUUUUUUUUGUUUG